GGCUUGACCGGGGAUAUGCAUGGUAUUCUGUAUCCUUCCAAAGUCAAAACCAGGGCAUCCCUUUUUAUUGCCAACGCGCCAAACUUACCAAGAACCUCCUUGGAAUGGAAGCUCCAUAAGUGGUCUCCUUUUUCGUGGCUAGCUGUGAGCUGGUCGGCUGGCAGCCUUAGGAUACGCAUCUCAGGGCCUCGAGCAUGGCUUGCUCCUCUACCCGGACUUUUGUUUGCUCUAGAUGCUCUUUUGUAUGAAGGGCUGCAAAACUAUUUUCACGACGGAACCUGUAUGUGAUACCCCUCAAGAGUGCUUUUUGAC